CUAAAUGAAUGCAGUGGGAAUGGACGAGCAAGACACACUGCUGGUCAGACAGGGCGCGCUGCUGACCUCCAAACUCACUGUUACUUUAUCAGGAUUUCUUAUCAGAGUUUCACUUGUGAGGAUUUCUGCCUUGUUUGUUUUUUUCUCUGCAGGGAUACGUGUUGGUUGACCUCUCUGACUGUAUUCUUUAUUAUAAGAUACUGAGUGAGGACACAACAUGCUGUCGUCCCUGAAGACCCUGCUGCUGCUCUCGGUCCUGUGCACACCGACUUCCAGCUUGUGCCUCCGUCUCUACCAGACUCGCUCCGACCUCCUGUGCGAUGACCAGGUGUCAGUCGGGCUCCGGAGUGACGAAGACGAGCCGGGCUACUCCCCCAUGGACGGCUGGGGGUCGCUCCUGCAGUCCGCGGAGUAUCUCACCUCCUCCUCCUCUUCUUCCUCCUCUGCCGAGUCCAGCCGAGAAAAAAGGACCUCAAGUCCCGCAAACUAUCGCUUCAUGAGCAGGACGAAGCUCAGAGGGCAGAUGCUCCGGAACAGCAGCAAAGGGGACCGGAGGAGCAGACUGACCCUGUCCCUGGACGUCCCCACCAACAUCAUGAACGUCCUCUUUGAUGUGGCCAAGGCCAAAAACCUGCGAGCCAAGGCGGCGGAGAACGCGCGUCUCCUGGCGCAGAUUGGACGGAGAAAGUGAACAUGUUGGACAACUUUAAUUUAACAGACAGCCAUGACCAGUGUUGGCCUCGCUACUCAGUUGUACUGAAUUAUUUUUUGUUCACUUUUAAAGUUAUUGUGUUGAUUUGUUCCUCCAGGGUAACGGUAUUUUCUUCUAAAUGCCCACACAUUACAGGUAAAGAAGCGUUUCUCAUAUCGCGAUAACUUAGUUGCUCUCAUGUGAAAGGUCUUUGGGAUCAAAAUCUCUCAUCUUUUUUUGCUCCAAUAAAAACACUGAGGAAACGGCUAUUAGGGACUAAAAGUUGGAUGAUGAUUCUUGAUUUUUUUUGUUUUAGGACAGCUCAGCGUCAAACUCGUAAAUAAUAGGUACAACAUUUGAUCGAUAAAUCUAGUUGACUAGAACUGUCAAAUUUACGAAGUUAUUUAUUCUUAAAUUAAUUUUUAACGUUUAAUUUAUUUAUGUUGCAGUUUCAGUGAGAAUAGUCCACUUGUUUCUUAUGCAGUAUCGGACAUUUUCCAGCAACAGUGUCACUAUCUUGAAUCAAGACAGAGUAAGGUCAAGAGCAAUAAGGACAAAGUCAUUUCACUUGUAUCAAGAUGAUUGAUCAUUUCAGCCAAUACGACAUGAGACAUAUACUUUUUGCAGUAGAAAUAAGUGAAAUGAUCUCACACUGUGGCAGAUUCCUUUCAAGUCUAAAAAGAAACUUUUGAGAUUCCUGUUCAUUAUUAUUGUUAUUAUUAUUAUUAUUAUUAUUAAAGACUGAAGAUGGGCAUUGGUUGUAAUGAAGCAGGCACAGAUCUCAGAUUUUCUUUUCCAGUAAAAUGAAUUCUUAAUGCCUUUACUUUACCCCAGAGUCAUCAAAAUUUAAACCUUAGACUAAAGAAGAACAAGGAAGGAGCUGUGAUGAUCAAUUCUUACGUCCUUAGCAAAAGACCAAUGAAAUGUUUUGCUAUUCUGUUGCAUAAUCGUUACAUUUAUUUUGUUUUUUUUCUCUUUAUGACUUUGUUGUACAUGGGAGCCUGUAACUAUUCCAGGUUUUAGGUGAAAACACAGAGUGGCAAAACACAACAUUGAGCACUGACACUGAGCUAUUGUACAAACCAACUACAUGAUCAUGAAAUACAGUAAAAUGCAAAUGCAUGGGAAUGUAUGUGUUCAUCAGAUGUCUGUUAUUUUUAUACUCAAAAUAAAGGAUUAUUUUUCCUCAAAUAAAGCAGAUGUAACUAACUACAUUUGCCUUUUAUAUGCAUCAUUAGGAACAAUGGGAUUCAUAAAAUAUUCCUAUAAGUUAUUAUUCCUUUACUUCUUUAUUAUUCAUAAAGCUUGACUGAUACACCGGCAUAACCGACCGAAAUGAUCUUAUCAUAGAUAUAUAUUUGUAUCAGUGUAUAUGUCUGACAGUAAGUAACAUAAAUUGCAGUACAGAGAUGAGAUGCAAAUCAUAUGUUUAAGCCAUGGACUUCAUAGGUAGUUUGGAAAGUACUGCCAUUACAUACUCUGCCCACCAGAGGGAACUGACAUGUUUCUUUUCAUUUGCUAAAUAUACCAGUUAGUACAUAUCUUGGUCACCAAUCUUUAAU